AUGAACGUCAGCGGUGAAUCCGGUGGAACUAUGGCCGUAGCUGAUGAAUACGACGAUGCAUGUAGCAGUGGUGAAGAAGAUGCAGGUGCAACAUUACCACCGUGGGAAGCAGCAGCUGCUUCUCUGACCCUGGGCUUUCUAAUCCUAGCGACAGUCCUAGGAAAUGCACUCGUGAUACUCUCCGUAUUCACCUAUCGCCCACUUCGAAUCGUUCAAAACUUUUUCAUCGUCUCUUUGGCGGUUGCAGAUUUAGCAGUAGCAAUUCUUGUGAUGCCCUUCAACGUUGCGUAUCUCCUCUUAGGAAAAUGGAUCUUUGGCAUACACUUCUGUAAGCUUUGGUUGACAUGUGAUGUUCUCUGUUGUACAGCAAGUAUUCUGAAUCUGUGUGCAAUAGCAUUGGAUCGUUACUGGGCGAUAACAGACCCAAUAAAUUACGCCCAGAAGCGCACACUCAAACGAGUACUAGGUACAAUUGCUGGUGUUUGGGUCUUAUCAGGAGCAAUAAGUUCACCGCCAUUAGCAGGAUGGAACGAUUGGCCAGAAGAGAUAGAGCCUGGAACACCAUGUCAACUGACACGUCGUCAAGGUUACGUUAUAUACUCAUCACUGGGGUCUUUUUUCAUACCACUAUUACUGAUGAGUCUCGUAUACCUCGAGAUCUUCUUAGCCACCCGAAGACGUCUCCGUGAGCGUGCAAGGCAGAGUAGACUUGGCGUUGUAACCUCGACACGACACAGGAAUGAGGUGGAUGAUGCCGAAGAGUCUGUGAGUAGUGAAACUAAUCAUAAUGAACGAUCAACAAUGCGUGUUCACGCUAAACCGUCACUAGUUGUCGUCGAGGAUGAUGCUGUUACUGAGGUCACUAUCAGCGACCCCGUUAAGAAAAAAGAACACACCAGGCGACACGGAGUAUCUGCUAGCAGCGACACUAAUGGUGGUGGUACGUCUACAACAGUCUACCAAUUCAUAGAGGAACGACAGAGGAUUUCGUUAUCUAAGGAAAGGCGGGCCGCCCGAACUCUCGGAGUCAUCAUGGGCGUCUUCGUCGUGUGCUGGCUACCGUUCUUCCUCAUGUACGUCAUCGUACCGUUCUGCCCUGCAUGCUGUCCCUCAGAGGGUGUUGUGUAUUUCAUUACUUGGCUGGGCUACAUCAACAGUGCGUUGAAUCCACUCAUCUACACAAUUUUCAAUCUUGAUUAUAGGCGAGCUUUCAGGAGACUCCUUCAUAUUCAUUGA